GGCUUAUUUUCGUCUCUGAUGUAAUCAUUUCGAUGAGUUAUAAUCAUUAUUCUCAACCUUUUAUAGAUAUAUCUUGGAGUGUAUCACAAUGGUGUUUUUGUUGCAGUUGACAACAGCGAUAGACUAUUAGCGACCUGUGUUAGAACAGUAAUGGAAGUAAUUAGGAUUCGCCCUGCUCGUGUCGAGGACCUGGCAGAAACAGCUAAAUGGAUGCGUGAGAGCAAUAGACUGACAGAUAAGGAACUACUUGAGAUAUAUCUUCGAGUGUAUCACAAUGGUGUGUUUGUUGCAGUUGACAACAGCGAUAGACCUUUAGGCUUAUCAAUAUGGUGUGCCCUGAAUCCAUAUCUCGGUGUUGGAACGAAAGUAAUCAUAAGAAAUGAUAUGGAAAACCGUGGCAUUGGAAAACAGCUUAUAGCUGCUUCUAAAAAAUGCCUAGGAGACCGCAAUAUUAUGGUUAACUCUUACGACAGCGCAAUAGGAUUUUGGGAUAAGUGUGGAUUCCAACAUGAAGGAUGUGCUUUUGGUGUAUACCGUGGAAUCGUUAACAAGGCAGUCAAUCUGAGGCCAAUAUUCCAAGAUGGCCAAAUCAGUGUCGGGAACUUGUGCCAUAUGGACAAGGUCAUUGCAUACGAUGAGGCUAUAACAGGGUACAAAGGAUAUCAUAGGGAACAAUUUCUGUUGGAGUGUAUACGCAGGGAUUCUGACUUUAUUCUUAUAGCAAAUAUGGAUGAAAACAUUUGUGGAUAUUUGAUAGUUCGAAAGAUAACUGAUGUUUUCCUUGUUGCACCGUUUAUGGCGAACACAAAUGCUAUGGCGAAUUCGCUAUUUUACGAAAUGGUUCAACGAUUACCUAAAAAUUCAAAUAUUCAGAUGUACGUGACGGAGCAAGCACCACAUGCAAUACAGUAUAUACUUGAACAAUAUCAAAUCCCUAAAAUUAGAGUUGGUAGAGCUCUUUUUACCAAAGGUGUGAUAUCGCUCCCAGGGAUGGAUACACUAUUAACAUCUGUUCCUUUUUAAUCAAAUGAGCAUUUGAUAAGAUCACAUUGUAUUUGCAGACACAAAGUGACACAAUAAUCUAAACUUAUCGUAUAAUCUGUAAAAUGAAGCCCUUUGAUUGGUCAGUUCUUGUGCUGCAC